CCAAUACUGCCACCCAACUACCCAAGUAGUCCUAGCUAGCUUAGCACGACUAAAGAUGGGCGCCGGAAGAGCUUUCGCCCUCCGGCUCCUGGUGUUGGCCUCGAUCCUGGGCCUGGCCGUGCUCGCGGCCGGGGAGAAGGACUGCUACGACGAGAGGGAUCACAUCAUGCGCGUCUGCAAGUUCAGCAUCAGGAAGCAGGGCCCUUACGUGAUCCCGGACUUGCAAUGCCGCCGGGAGAUGCACAAGGUGGACAUGCCCUGCAUCUGCCGCGUCCUCACCGCCGCCGACGAGCGGCAGGUCAGCCCCGAGAAGCUCGUCCGCUGCGCGCGCGACGCCGGCGUCGUCCUUCCCGUCGGGAGCAAAUGCGGGACUUAUACUAUCGUGCCGCCGCCGCCAGCCACACGGCCACGGGCAUGAGGCGUUCCGCUUGGGAGGAAGGCUAUCAUGGAAUAAAUGAGUAAUUUAUGCCGGCUAUCCUAGAAUGUAGUAGUACUAUCUUCUGCCAUGGCAUGUUGCUCUGAAUAAUAAUAAAGCCUUCGAUUCCCGUCUGAAAA